UGUGAGGUUAAUGAGGUUAUGACUGUGUGUUGGGGUGUUUGGCGGUUUUAUCUGUUUUUAACUUUAGAACUAAACAAAUUUCUUUGUUUGGCGGUCGUUUUCCAAAUAACACCAAAUAUUAUAUCAAUUUUACAUUUUUUCAUUUCCAUUUGUUUUUAAUUUGUUUAAUUAUUGUUUAAAAAACUGUUCGUUAGAACACCAUAAUAUUUAAUUACCCAAAACUUUGUUUUAGCAAGAAAUUAUGAAUUCAUGUACUCCAUCAAUUUCAACAAACCCUGAAGAAGCUCUCUGCCAUAUUUGCAGCAAAAUAUUUAAAACUCGGUCUUCACUAAAUCGUCAUAUCAAAAAAAUACAUAAAAUAGAUGAGCCGACUAACAAUAUGAAUCAAAAUCACAUUAUUUGUCCCUUAUGUGAGCAAGAUACUAAUUUUAAUAGUCAUGAGAAGUUACGAAAACAUCUCCAGGACCUUCACCAAGUGAGUAUUGAACUUAUAACAUUUGAAUUUUCUAGCAAACAAGAAUAUGAGACAUGGAAAGAUAUGCAGAAAAUUGAGACAAGUUAUGUAUCUCAUAGAACAAUUCAUAGAAAGGAACAUAAGAUAAUGUACUAUGAUUGUAACAGAAGUGACCUACAAGGAUAUAAACCCAACUAUAAAAUUAGGACAGAGAAAGCUGGUGGAUCAAUUAAAAUUAAAGGAGUGUGCCCUUCCAGGCUUAUUUGCAAACUGAGAGACCAAGGACAAGUUUCCAUCAGUUAUUGGAAAACACAUGCUGGACAUAAAGAAGAAUUAAGAACCAUGCAUCUGUCAAAAGCAGAAGAAAAAAUGGUUGUAGAAAAAUUGAUAGCUGGGGUGCCACCCAGUAGAAUUUUAAAAGAUUCAAGAAAGUUGGAAACACCACAACUAGAUAGACUUGCUGUAAUAACAACUCAAGAUCUCACAAAUUUGUCCACAAAGUAUAAUAUACACAAGAAAAGAGGGACAACAUCAAGUUUAGGGCAACCAAACAUAACCAAUUUGUAGUUGACAUUUGAGGUAAUCUAAAAACACUGACAGUGUUGCCAUGUUACAAAAUAUUUCUUACUGUAACAUCUAAAAUUCAAAAUUGAAUAAGAACACAAUAUAUAAUUUAAAAAUGAAAAACAAAUGUUAGAUAUAAAUCAGAAAAGAUAUUAAGGCCCGGUACUUUAUGUCUCCGUUAACAGCCGGUUAGUUAACCGAGGUUUAAUCGGGACAGAAAUAUAUGCGUAACAUAGACAUAAACGCAAUUACACUUAUUAUUAUAUUCAUAAAUAAUUAUAAUAAUAAUUAUAAUUGCUUUUAUUACAACGCAAGAGGCCCUAUGAGGUACUUUUCUGUCCCGAUUAAACCCCGGUUAGCUAACUGAGGUUUAACCGGGACAUAAAGUACAGGCCCUAAAAGCAUUAAAAUUAUAUAAAAAUCAAUAGUGGCAAUAGUUAAUAGAAACACUAAACAAUGUGAAGAUUUCUAAACUGUAACGCUGUAACUAAUAAAACUAAAAUACUGAAUGGUAAUAAAAAGAAACUAACUUAAACUGUAGACCGUAAACUCUAACUAAUAAAAUAUCUAAAAUACUAAUUUUUUUUAUAAUAUUUUAAACAUCUAAAUUAUAAACAGAUAUGGCAACACUGUUCACAAAAUUCAUGCUGUUGUAUGGCCGUUGCCCUAAACUUGAUGUUGUCCGAAAAGAGAUCAAAAUGAUAUGGUAGCAGCAGCCUUAAAGGUUCAGGAAUGGAAUGCCAACAACAAGAAUUAUGCUUUCUUAUUCAAGAGAGAAGGAGAAGAGCAUGAUGUAUUGAGAAAAGAAGAUUUUGCAGUAGGAUUUAUGAAUGCGGUGAUGGAAGAGAAACUACGACAAUUCCCGAACAUAAUUUGUAUAGAUGGGACACAUGGGACAAAUCAGAAAGGACUGGAUUUGACGAUUAUGCUGGUGAAAGACGAAAGAAAUGCUGGAUUUCCUGUUGCGUUCCUGCUAUCAAACAGACUGGACCAGCAAAUUCAAGAAGUUUUUUUAGAUGCCCUCAAGAAUAAGAUGCAGACAGAAGUUAAUGCGGAAUAUUUCAUGAGUGAUGAUGAUCCUAAAUAUUAUAAUGCAUGGGAGAAGAUAAUGAGACAACAACCAAGGAGACUAUUAUGUACGUGGCAUGUGGUGAAGAACUGGAACAUUAGAGGAAAGAAAAAAUUACAGGAUCCAACUUUGAAGGCGCAAAUGAAAAAUGAACUCAGGCAGAUUAUGCGAGAACCAGAUGAAGAUAAAUUUAAAGAACUAUGCGACAAAUAUGUAUCCAAACUAGAAGAGGCAAAUGAGAUCAAAUUUGUCGCUUAUCUGAAAAAGCGUUACUUGGCUGAAGACAGAAUACAAAUGUGGCCCUAUUGUUACAGAAAAAAUUCUGGGAUUAAUACCAACAUGGCAAUUGAAUCACUCAACAAUCUACUAAAGACGAAUUACCUAAAGAGAAAUGCAGCAGUGAGGAUUGAAAAGCUAUUGGAUACAAUGGAUGAGCUAGUUGAAGCCAAAAUGUGGACGAGGAUAGUGGAUAUAAUACGACCAAGCGCAAAUAAUUAUCAAGACAGGCUUUCAAUAACAGCACACAAACGGGCAGCAUCGAUGAAAGACAAACUAGAAGAACUGGUUAAGGAGACUGCAUAUGGCUAUUAUGAGGUAAAAUCCUUUAAAGGUAUGAAUAUAUUAUGUUAUGUAAAUUUUAGACAAGUGUGUGAGAGUGAGUGUAAGACAUUGUUUUGUAGAGUGUGUAAGAUUUGUAUUCACCGUUAUUGGUGUAGUUGUGAUGACUAUGUGGUGAGGAAUACCUUGUGUCAGCAUGUGCACUUGGUAAGAAUGUAUGAGGAGCGUUUGGGCACUAACUCUGUUGUAGAUGAUGCUGCAAGGUGUUUAGAAGAAAUGUCAACUAUCAAAUCAAGGCAUGAGGAGGAAAUUAAUGAAUUUGUCAGAGGGAAGCUAGAACAGACAAAUGUGACCCAGGAAAAAACCAAACGCAGUCUUCAACAGGAAUACCUCAUUAAUGUGUUGAACGGAUUAGAUGACCAAGGUUUUGCCGAAUAUAUGAGAAAAACUCAAGGAAUUCUGGAAGAAGUUAAUAAUAAGGGAAAGAACAUUACGAAGAAGCGAAAAAUGGAGACUCAAGAGUAUUUUCCUUCAAAAAAAAAGAACUGAUUAAACAUUUUUUAUUAACAAUUUUUGUAGCUCACAUGCAUUUUUGCGUUGUACCUGUAUUUAAUUUUUAUUAUAGUUUUAUAGACUUAUUUACAAGAACAUUACUUAAUUUAACAUUAUAAAUUUUACUUAAUUAGUAAUAAAUAUAGUGAAAUUUCUUAUGAGAUUAUAUAAAUACAGUAUGUCCACAGAUGGGGUGCCCAAGAGGAAAAACAUUUUUAUUUUCAAUUUUAGCGAAAAAUGUCAUUCUUUUUUAAAAGUUUUGCUUGUUCUAAAAUUCCAUAAAACGAAAUAAAUUUCAAGUUUUUCAAAACCUGCUUAAUUUUUUUGUAAAUCCCUAUAAAUUUUUGCACUAAGUUCGAAAUCUUAACAAUAAUCUAGUGUUGCUAAGCUACAAUGUAGCUGAAUAACUGUCAACUCCGAUAAAUAAUUUGCGAAUUGUCAUUCUUUUUCGAUGAGAUAACGUUAACCAUCCAACAAAGAAUUUAUAGAUAUUGUAAUGUGUUAUGGAAUUGGAGCUGUUUCGUACCGACAUGCGAUUGAAAUUUUCAAUGAAAAAUAUCGAGAUGUACUCGUUACACGGAAUGGAUUGAAGAAAGUGAUAAAGAAAUUCAAUGAGACGGGAUCUGUUGGAAACAGAAAAAGAUCGAAAACAACAUAUAAUGAGGAUGAUGACACAGCUACUGCCCUAGCUAUGUAGUCAGUAAGGGAAAAUCCAAAGUUAAGUAUACGAAAAGAGUCACAAAGAGUAAAAAAAGUCACAGAAAAUAUUCGAGCAAAACAACAUUAAUUCCUUUAAACCAAAAUUUAUUCACACCUUACAAUAUUGUGAUUAUGACAUGAGGCUUGACUUUUGUGCAAUCAUUGGUGAAAAACUUAUACCACUACCCGCUUCUUUCACUACAAUAUUCUAUUUUGCACGUUAUAUUGAAGUCUUUGUUGAACGCUUAACAUUGUCGAAAAAAAUGACAAUUCACAAAUUAUUUACCGAAGUUGACAGUUACUAAGCUACAUUGUAGCUUAGCAACACUAGAUUAUUGUUACGAUUUCGAACUUAGUGCCAAAAUUUAUAGGGAUUUAUAUAAAAUUGGCUACAAACUUAAGCAGGUUUUGAAAAACUUGUAAUUUUAUUUCGUUUUAUGGGGUUUUAGAACAAGCAAAACUUUUUAUCAAGAAUGACAUUUUUUGCUAAAAUUGAAAAUAAAAGUUUUUUAUCUUGGGUACCCCAUCCGUGGCACACUGUAUGUAUGUUACUUAGGUUAGAUCUGAAUUUUAAAUUGUAUUGAUGUUAAGUAAUGAUGUAAUUUGAUGACUUUUAUAUGAGUUGUAUUUUUAAAUCUGGAUGUACUGGGCCCUAUAGGCGAGGUUUAGAGGGGUUUGACUUUCGCCAUUGCACCAAUAAGGGCGCCCCCUCCUUCCAGAUUUUUAAUAAAGAAAUUUUAAACAGC